UAUUAGUUUCACUAAUAAUUAACAAAUAUAUAGGAAUGGCAAUGGGGCGGGAUCGGGGUGGGGCACCUUAUCCUUGUUCCUGCCCCAUAGUCAAGACACUCUACCCCAUCCUCACCCCGUCCCUAAUAUCAAGUGAGUUCAAGGCAAGGCUCACUCCCUAUUGGGGAUGGGGAAUCCUCAAAUUUCCCUACCUCACUUCAAUGCCGGGCAAGUCACAACAAGAAAAAACAUCUUUAGCGGCAGUUUUCGACCUGACUAUUUGGCGACUGUCGUUGGAAAUCGAUAUUUCUUGCGGCAGUCGUUUAAAACCGCACGCCUCUCCCCGCCAUCUCUCAGUCAUCCCUCUCGCUCUCCCUCUCUCGCUUUCUCUCAGUCGUCUCUCUCCUCUCUCUCUCCCUCUUUCUCUCAGUCGUCCCUCUCUUGCUCAAUCGUUAUCUCCUCUCUCUCUCCCUCUCUCUCAGUCCUCUCUCUCUCUCUCUCUCUCUCUCUCUCGCACUCGCGCUCUCUAUCGUUAUCUCUCUCACACACAUGGUCGCAUAUCAGCAAAUCUCUCUCUUGUGGUCUCUCUCUCAGGCACAUCCGCAACAUUCAAUUCACAGGCUUCAGAGCAAGUAGCAAAGGCAUUUGCUGACAUAUGGAAGGCUGGCUUAGGAGGAGAUCCAGAUAUUUCAUUUCAAAAAGGACCUUCUGAAUUGUCAUGGACAUACUUACCCUAUUAAGAUGAACUUCAUACUCCCACUUGGAUAAUUUUCCCUUAGUUUUCUUAAUUUUCAUUUGUAAUAAGGGCCAGAGAAGUAUGAUCAUUUAUAUGACAUGAUAAAAGACUAUUUGCUUCAAGUUUACUACAUGGAAGGAGCAUAAUUAUGAAAACCAUAUUGACCCAAUUUAAAUUUCCACCUCAKCUGCCACUAGUAAAAGAUGUGUAUGUUUCCUGGACAGAAAUAUGUAAGGAAGAUAGAAGGAUCUAAUUUCAUCUAAGAACUUCCAAAGAACAAUUAUGCUAAUUAAUAACUUUCUUUUUUUUUA